AUGGCUUUCUUGAGUUAUGAGAAUAGGAGAGACAGUGGUAAGAAAUUGAAAGUGCAUUUUGAUCUUCCUGAAGACGAUGAUGAUCCUAUUGCUAAUCAAAAACACUCAAGUUCUUCUAUUUCAUCAGAUUCUUCAGAUUCAUCAGAUGAUGAUAGCAUAGAUAAUUUUGAAACUAAGGAUGCUGGAUUAGGCUCUCCAGUGUGGAGUUUUCAAAGUGGGUCCGUUACACAAUCUCCUCCAAUUCAGUAUAUGAGUCCUAAUGGGUAUGACCCAAAUAGAAUACCCUCUUCUGUGUUUUCUAGACCUGCAAGUCCUAUGGAAUGGAGUCUUACCUCAAACGAAUCACUAUUUAGCCUACACUUGGGAAACAGCAGUUUCUCAAUGGAUCAUGCUUUUAUGUUCAGAUCUGGGGAAUUAUUGCCCAUGCCUCCAGCACUGCCACCUGCUCAAGAGGUAACAACUAAUGACAAAAAAGUGUACAAGGAGAGACACUCUGUGUCAUCAGAUUCAUCAGAUAAAGCUUCAGACUUGGUUGAGGAGGAUGACCAUAAAAAGACAUCAGAUGAAACUGCAGAUGGUUUAGUUGUGAAGGAUGACCGUAAUCAUGAAACUGAAGAUUUAGCUGUGCAGGAUGAUUGUGAAAAAACAUCAAAUGAAACUGAAGAUUUAGUUGAGAAGGAUGACCAAAGAAAAACAGAAACAUCAACAGCAGUUGAGACAACUGUGUUGGACAAAACUCCAGAUGAUGAUCAUAGUAAAGAAACAAUAAAUGUCCCUAGAGAGGAAUCCAAGAAUUAUGCCAGCGUCUCAUACCGUUCAAUUGAGAGUGAUAUAAGCACCCGUUCAUUUCAAUUUCCUAUAUUGACCGCUGAUGGAGGAAGAACUAGUUUUGCAACAGUAGAGUCAGUAAAGCAAGAUAAAAUUGAACAGCAGCAGCCAGAGAAGCCAUUGCCACCUCCUAAUCCUGAAACUGAAACUGCAAAAAGUCAAGAGUUGUGUAUCUUCCAUAAAAUGCAAGAGGAAAAGGAAGAUCUAGCUUGGAACACUAAGCUUCCAGGUGCAGCUUUGGUGUAA